ACAAACUCAGCCCCUCUACAACAAACUCAUCUUCUUGCUAUUUCUUGUGUUACCUGCUCACCAUUUGAUAAGUAAUGGCAUCCCAAUCAAUCGAGAGCCACCGUUCUGGUGCAGAGAUUAUCCAUGGAGAUGCCAAGUGCAAGAAGAAGAUCGUUGAACUUCUGAAAGAGCUCUGCCUCCCACAGGGUUUGUUUCCUAUGGAGGACAUCGAGGAGUUUGGAUAUAAUCGUGUAUCGGGAUUCAUAUGGAUACUUCAGAAGAAGAGUAAGAAUCACACCUUCAAGAAGAUCAAGCGUCAGGUUUCAUAUGCAACUGAGGUAACCGCAUUAGUUGAGCCUCACAAGAUGAAGAAGAUGACGGGAGUCAAGACUAAGGAGCUUCUAUUGUGGCUCUCUGUUGUUGAGAUUUACUUUGAAACUCCUUCAUCGGAGAAGCUCACAUUUAAGACUGGAACUGGGCUUUCUGAUAGCUUUGAAGCAUCAGCUUUUGAACUCUAGAAAUGAGAGCUCUAUAACUCAUUAUGAUCUCCCUUCUCAAGCUGUGUUUAUUGCUGUAUUUGGUACUGUAUUUUAAGAAGUGUUCUCGUAUUAAAAGAAGUGGUGUUAUGAUUUGUCAUUGCAUAAUGGUAUUAAUGGAAGUCUUUUAUUUUUAAGAAUAUCAUACUUCUGUUCUCGAUC